CAUAAACAGAAGAACAGGAAGAAGCAACAUGCCUGUGUAAUCCUGCCCCAAGUCAAACGAUACGUGACAAAAGUGCGACUCCGGUGGGACUCGAACCCACAACCUUUGAAUCACCUCUCAAGUGCUUGACUAGAAGUCCAAUGCGCUAUCCAUUGCGCCACGGAGCCACCUGUUGACAACAACCGUAUAAGCAGAUUUAACUUCUCACAGUCUAACAGUUAGCGUUCAUUAUUCCCUUUGUAACUUCCUAAGUACUUAGCAUAAAGUAAUGUAAAGCAGUACACGGUGUACAAUUGAAAGAAACCUUUUACUGGUACUUCGACAAGUAUACUAGCAGUAACGGGACGGACAAAGGCUCCUGUGCCAUGUGAGGAGAAGGUGGUUCGUCUGGAAGCAGAGAUCCAGGGCCUGAUGAAUGUGAUCAACGACCAGCAUCGCUACAUCAAGGAGCUCCACAAGAGCCAGGCCCAGCAGCUGGAGAACAUACCCAACUCACACCUGGGCCCUGACAACCUCUACAAAGACUGCUCCGAGGUGUUUGCAGAUGGUAACGUGGCUAGUGGUCUGUAUGUGAUUCGGCCAGAUGGCUCUCCCACCGCACUGAGCGUCUACUGUGACAUGAACAAUGGAGGUGGUUGGACCGUCUUUCAGCGGAGAAGAGACGGCAAGGAGAGCUUUGACAGAUCGUGGGUGGAGUACAAGCAUGGAUUUGGAGACCUCUACUCUCCUGAUGGAGAAUUCUGGCUUGGCAAUGAACCGUUACACUUUAUCACCUCACAAGGAAACUACGACCUGCGGAUCGACAUGGAGGACUUUGAGGGUAAUCAGCGCUAUGCAGAGUACAAGAACUUCAAAGUGGAUGAUGAAAAGGACCAGUACCAGUUACAUUUGGGAGAAUACACAGGGAAUGCAGGGGAUGCUCUGUCUGAUGACCCCUCCUCUGCUGGGCAGAAAUGGAUCGGUCCAGGCUUGGGGUCGAGCGGGGUCAAUUUCAGCACCUACGACCAGCUGAAUGACGACGCCAAGUGUAUCAAACACAGCAAGUCAGGCUGGUGGUUCAGCAGGUGUGCUUCAGGGAACCUCAAUGGUCAUUACUACAAAGGACCGUACCAAGCGAUGACUGAUGACGGGGUGGUGUGGUACACAUGGCACGGUUGGUGGUACUCCAUCAAAUCUGUGAUCAUGAUGGUACGAGCCGCUGACCUCGAGCAUCCGCCGCCGGUCAUCGCCCCGUUGCCAGGACAACUCGACCCAAGCAAAGCAGCAGGCAACAUCAUUGAUGGUCCUCAUGGCUGAUAGGUUGAUAGCAACAGUUGUUCCUUGCUUUACAUACAGUAAUCAACAUCAGUCACAUGUGUUACAGGGUACAAACUUGGUAAACUCUUUCCUGUAUUCCUGUUUGACUUUUUACACUUUUUGCAUCAUUGUAUUUUUUUAUGAAAAUUGAAAAUAAAACAAUGUUGCUGUAA